AUGCAUCUCAUCAUGUCUCUCUCUUCUCUUCAUCACCCCGCCAGCAUGUUUGACGUGUCAGAGGAAAUGAGCAUGUUUGAUGUGUCGGAGGAGAUGAGGGAUCUCUUCUGGUUCGUGCCUCGCUGCUCAUACAUGCAUCUCUUGCCAUGCUUCUCUCAUCCUCCCCUUCCCGCCAGCAUGUUUGACGUGUCGGAGGAGAUGAGGGAUCUCUUCUGGUUUGUACGGGACAUGGAUGAACCAGCGCCCACCAACCCCGUCCUGCAGAGACACGCCAACACGGCUUUCAAGCUGGUGAGUGGGUGGGGUAGGGGGGGAAUAGGGGGAAGGGGAGAAGGGGCUCCCAUGGCUUCUUGGGACAUGGACGAGCCGGCACCCACCAACCCCGUGCUGCAGAGACACGCCAACACGGCUUUCAAGCUGCCGGCGCCCACCAACCCCGUGCUGCAGAGACACGCCAACACCGCCUUCAAGCUGAUCUGUGACUCGUGCUGCCAGCUGGACGACAGAGCAGCGGUGGCCGGCAUGCUGCCAGCCAUGCAGGGUUUGGGCGGCAGACACAUCAAGUACAACGUCAGGCGCCCACAUAUGGCGCUCACACCCACCGUCUUUUCUCUUCCCUUCCCCUGCCUCCCUCCACUCUCUCAGGUGUUUAGGAUGGCGUUUCUCUAA